AUGGCCGACGAAGAAACAAACGCCCAUAAAUAUCGCCUGAGGGUGGCAGCAGGACCAGAAUACGAGCCCAACACUCACCAAGUGGUCCCCGUAAACGGCGAGACACUUCGAAUCGAAAAUGAGCAUGCAAUAAUCAGUCUCUGCGUACGAAUCCAAGACUACACAGGCUACCCCGAGGGCUCAGCAUCUACAAGCCCAUAUUUCGAACAUCCACUACACUUAAAAGACCAAUACUCAAUAUCCUUCUCAAUUAUCUUCAAAGAGCCCGUAAAUGGCAACAACCUUAUCUUCGGCAAUGACUUCGACAGACCAAUCCGCGACAUCCUCCCACCAGGCUUCAAAACAGCCCUGCGCAUGGUGAAAUGGACUAUCGACCCCAGUCUAGAUGGUGAUGCGUAUGCCGAUAAGCCAUAUCUGUUUAGUCCCGCGCUGGCUACGUUUAACUUUCUCCGCAUUGGGGAGAAGAUGAGCAAAUCGGAUGAGGUGCCGACUCUUCAUAAUGAGGUUGUUGAAGAGGGCGCUGAUGGGGAAGAGGCCACUGAAACGCGGCAGGAGUGGCCUGAUGCGGGUUCCAGAAAGAAGUUCUUCCAGGAUGAGGCUAAGAGGAAGGAGUUUGAUUUUGAGGCUGGGAGGUUGUACAUGGUUGAUUUUGGGAAUCCAUAUUUGGCUUUUAGUGAUCUCUCGGUUCGACUUCCUGGUAUUACUAUUCAUGCUAUGAAAUAUGUUAGUGAUAAGGAUCAUGACUUGCGCUAUGUCCUUAAGGAUAGGACAACGGGGCGGGUGUACCUUGUUAUUGUGUUUACGGUUGUCUUGCGUGAUAUCGCGCCGGAUCAAGGGUACACUCAGACUGAUGGCAAAGGCAACUCGGGAAGAUUUGACUGGGAAUCGGAGCCAUCGGCCGCUGAUGUUGAGUGA